UGUCCGGCUCCGGUCGAGGUAUGGCGCAGCCGGGCUCGUGUGGUCAGAGCAGUAAUGGAGUGGCCGAUGAGUCUCCCAACAUGCUGGUCUACAGGAAAAUGGAAGACAUCAUCGCCCGCAUGCAGGACGAAAAGAACGGGAUUCCCAUCCGGACCGUCAAGAGCUUUUUGUCCAAGAUUCCCAGUGUGUUUUCAGGCUCUGAUAUUGUCCAAUGGAUGCAGAAGAACCUGAACAUUGAAGAUCAAGUGGAGGCUCUUCAUCUGGGGACGCUGAUGGCCGCUCACGGUUAUUUCUUCCCCAUAUCAGACCAUGUCCUCAUGCUGAAGGACGACGGAACCUUCUACCGGUUUCAGACUCCAUACUUCUGGCCAUCAAACUGCUGGGAGCCAGAAAACACUGACUAUGCCGUGUACCUCUGUAAACGAACCAUGCAAAAUAAAGCUCGUCUGGAGUUGGCCGAUUAUGAAGCUGAGAGUUUGGCGAGACUACAGAGAGCUUUUGCACGGAAAUGGGAGUUUAUAUUUAUGCAAGCUGAAGCACAAGCAAAAGUGGACAAGAAGCGGGACAAGAUUGAGCGGAAGAUCCUGGACAGUCAGGAGCGGGCCUUCUGGGACGUUCACAGACCGGUGCCUGGCUGUGUGAACACAACUGAAGCCGACAUAAAGAAAUCCUCCCGGAUGAAGCAGCCGCACAAAACACGGAAGUCAGUGUACGGCUUACAGAACGACAUCCGCAGCCACAGUCCGACUCACACGGCCACACCGGAGGUCAAAGAGCCCACAGAGGACGAGCUGCGGAACCAGAUACAAUACUGGCAGACGCAGAUAGACAGACAUCGGUUAAAAAUGUCCAAAGUUGCAGAGAGUUUGUUGAGUUACUCAGAACAGUAUAUGGAGUACGAUCCGUUCUUCACGUCACCAGAACCGUCGAACCCCUGGAUCACUGAUGACAUCACUUCCUGGGAGCUGGAGGCCAGUAAGGAGCCCGGACAGCAGCGGGUGAAGCGCUGGGGAUUCGGAUUCAAUGAGGUUUUGAAGGAUCCGGUCGGGAGAGAACAGUUCCUGAAGUUCCUGGAGUCCGAGUUCAGCUCAGAGAACCUGAGGUUUUGGCUGUCGGUUCAGGAGCUGAAGAAGCGUCCCAUCCGUGAGGUUCCCAGCAGGGUGCAGGAGAUCUGGGAGGAGUUUCUCGCCCCUGGAGCUCCGAGUGCCAUCAACGUCGACUCCAAGAGCUACGACAAAACCACGCAGAACGUCAAAGAUCCCGGCCGAUACGCUUUCGAAGACGCUCAGGAGCACAUCUAUAAGCUCAUGAAGAGCGACUCCUACAGCCGGUUCAUCAGAUCCAGUGCCUACCAGGAGCUGCUGCAGGCCAAGAAAAAGAAAAGCAAGAAUCUUUUCUAGGAUCUGAAUCCCAGCUGUCACCGAACGAGGCGCUUGUAUAAUCACGCUGACGUCACGUCACGCUUCUGCUGGGGAAUUAUGGGAGCAGCUCAUCUGUACAUUACUGUAUCUACGGCUCAUCAUCAUAAACACGGAGCAUGUCCCGGAGCGCAGGACCUUUUCCUUCCAGCUUUGUUUCAUUCCCUCCAUCAUGUGAGACUUUUUCAAGGACUUGAAGCCUUUCAGAAAAGCCAUUUAUCAUCAGUGAACCCGAGAGUAUCAAAGCAAACACAAACUCACAUUCUUUCAUUGUAUGAAAGCGCGUUUAUUAUAGUUGAUUUGUCUUUUGUCCUCUGGAGCGAGCGCUUUCAUGCCAUCUGAUCCCUUACAUUUAUUUUUAUACUAUGUUCAUUUGUUUUCUGUACGGUUUGUUUUGUAAAUGUGUGUACAGAUCCUGGAGAAUGUUUAUGAUGGAGCAGAAGAGCUGAUGAUGAUGUUCAUCUUCCUCCUGCAGGAGUGAAAAACAGUCACUGCCGUUUGUUACAGAUGAAUGUGUUUGUUGAAUGAUGAUGUAUGGAUGGUCACAUGUUCAAGAUGUACAGUGUAGAUUUGAAUGGAUGGUAAUAAUAAAGUUUGGACUAAUUUAACAACCAUAACUGACCAUAUAAACAUUACCAUCCAUAUGUUAAAGGGGCUAUAUGUAGAAUUCAGAAACCCUUGUUAUUAGCGACGCCGGUGGCCGUUAAAUGAAUUGCAGCCAGCAACUUCCUGCUCGCUUAGAAGUAAAAAGACGUUGGAAAUACCUUAAUUCGCAGCGAUAUACUGUUAACGAACAUCUCGACGCCUCCGCGCUGCUGAGAGCGAUGGAUAUGUAUGUAAAUAUGUAUUAAAUGAAUAUGUAUUAAAUAUGUAAAUAUGUGCUGCGUGCUUUCCUCUCAACAACAAAAAUGACAAAGCGUCUGAUGGUAGUGAUGUGGAUGUUUGCAGCAGCUCUGCGAUGUCGACAGAUGAGGUAAUUAUGAUAGUGUGAUAUAAAGUAUAUUUAAGACUAUAGUUUGAAAUGAAUCCCUUUUGUUUGCAUGACACAGUGACAUUACAGUACAGAAUGGCUCUUUCGGCAUUAUCAUGAAAAUAAGUAUUAAUUUCAGGUGUCAUCGAACGCGUGGCUCUCGGGAGCGCGCGUAACCGUUACAUCCUUUUAAUUUUCCCGGUAAAAACGUCCCCGAGUCCUUCAUAUAAAAAUCAGGCUAUACAGGCUUUAAAUGACAACCUAGGAAGUCGGAGAUGGUCUCGUUUUUUUAAGUUUCAUUACAAGCUGUUCACACAUAGGCAAUAAAAUUUCGAUUCAUGAAAAUUCUUACAUAUAGCCACUUUAAUGUAAUUCAUGAUAUGUGAAUAACACGCUGAUGGUGAUGAUGUGAUGAAGGUUUGGCGUAUGAAAGCGCUUUCGUCAUACAGUAUUUCAGUUCAGUUUUAUUUCUUCUGUUUGGCUUUUGAGGAAAAUUACUGAGAUCCAAAGAUUAUCAGCGGAGAGAAUGAAAACUGUCGGUUGUUGCAUUUACAAUAUAGAUUCUAUGACUCUGUACAUAAUUCCACAAUUAAACAAAUAAAGGGACUCGAGAGAUGUU